AUGGGAGAUGACAUGGUCAACACACCUAGCCAAGAGCAGCAUUCUGUCCAAUCCUUCUCAUAUAGCACUACUCCAAAUUUGACCAAGUCUACACCUGGUAACACACCUCUGUUUGGUGGUGGCAGACGGAAAAAUGCUGUGAUAGUUAAGAUAAUCCAUGCUCAGAUGUCAUUAAGAAAUGAAAAAAGCAAUCCAACCUUUCAAGAGAUAGGUCAAACGUACAUAAAUGUAAAUGAAGAAAAUGCAAAUGUCAAUUUUCUAACAACAAAGGCAAGAGAAUCAUUCCAUGAUGAAACACUUGAUUUGGUCACCAACAAUGGCCUAAAAAUCAUAGACAAUGAAGGAACAAGAGGUCAGUAUUAAUUAUUCAUUUGAUGCUUUAUAUCCAUUUUUACCCAUUAUCUUCCAAUACUAAAUAUUCCUCUCCUUGAGUAAGGGAGUGGUCAUUAUUUAUGGGUGUUAGGGAUGGAUGAUUUUGAGGAGGGGUUACAAAAUUUUGAAAGUUGCAAAAGGAGGGGUUAUGUUGAUUUUUGACUUGAAGAAGGAAGGGUUACUAGAAAAAUAGUCUUGAUACAUAAACAAACUAAAUAACAAAUUUUAAACUUUUUGGUCCUAAGAAUUAAAUGUUGUUUCAGGUUUGAGCUUUUGGAAAUGGCCAAGUAGAAAAAUAUAUGCUGUGAAGACAAAUCCCAGAAGUACAAAAAGAUUGAAUAAAUCAAAAGAGAAGAUUAUUUCCCAUUAUGAUGUUUCAGAUGAUAGUGAUGAUGAAUUUGUAUCCACGAGUAAGAAAGCAAAAUUAGUCACCAGCAUGGAUUUUCAACAACUGAAGUCACAAUUAGAUGAAAUGAAAGGAAUGAUAAAUGACAUACUUCAAGUUAACCAGGAGGUUUCUUUGCCGGUAGGGGUUGUGAAGCUUGUUCGUGAUGCAUUCAUGUGUAAAAUUUGCCAUGUAACACCUAUAAAGCCACCAGUUAUAGCAACAAAAUGUUGCAGUACCCUACUUGGGUGUGAGGUCUGUGUUAACAGGUGGUACAAUGGAACUGACAGUUUAAGUAAGAAAUGUCCAUAUUGUAACGAGCCACGAGGGUAUGCAUCAACAUACCAGUUUAAGGGUCUUGACGAGUUCUUGGCUGGUGUAGGAAAUAUGAUCAAGGGUGCAGAUGUCGACAUGCCAGAAAAUCAUGUUGAAUAA